CGCUUAACAGCAUGGGAGGAAGCGUCACCCUCUACACACUAUAUAGAAUCUUUGACCCACUCGGCUUACUAUUACUUGUGGGAAUGCCAUUGUCCGUCUGAAAGGGCGUCAACACAAUAGUAGCCCCAGGAAAGUAAUUUUAACAAAGAUUGAACUCAGAGCUUUCUACCCUGGCCUUAUCUCCUUUUGUAUCUGGGGCUGUGAUGAGAGGCGGAGCUGUGAUGCUCUCAUGCGAAACGUUCAUGUGUUGUGUGUGUUUUUUUUUUUAACAAUGGUUCAGUCAUUUGGCAACGCUUGUGGACGAGGAGCAAACAGCAGUUCACAGCUGAACUCGAAGGAAAAUAUCUUGCACAAGGGUUUUUUUGGGCUUUGCACGCAGACAGCAGCUGAAUGGAUCAGCGACCAAACUGCGGGAGUGCGCAACACCCUGGCUUUUAAUUAAGCGAUUAUUUCCUAAUUUUAAAAGAUCUUUUCGAUGUAUAAAAGGUGUUUUAACAUCGCCGUGGCAUUUAUUGCCGCCGCGGUGUUUCCUCUGCAGCUGGAAUGUAACCAAAAAUGCCUGGUGGGAAAUCUAACUGAUUAUGCCGAGGGAGGCUGUCCUGUGAAACUGACCUCAGUCCUGUCCAUGGAGUCUGGGGGGAUUUACUCUGAACAUGUCACUGUUUGGAUGAGAGCUGAUGACUUUUGUAAGACCACAAAGAUUGAAAUUCUCUCCCCAUUUAAAGAGACAAUUAAGCCUAGGACAAAGAGGAAAAACAAAAACAACUGUGCACCUAACCCAAACUGUCGUGACAAUGACAGAAAACAUAGUGAAACCCAAGUCAAGGGUGACUGCCAAGGCCCGCAGUGUUCUCCGUGGGAGCAGGUCUGUGAUUUUGGCAAGACUUUUGCAAAGCAGGUUGUUUCUGUGUCCUACAUCACAACAUCAACGAGCUGCAAUGUCAGUUACACAAUACCAGAUCCCAUACCAAACUUUGAGCUGUCUGUGAAUCAGUUGUCUAAAUCCAUCACUGUCACUGUGGAGCCCGGAGAUAAAGUCUACACCAUGUGGUGUUACCAAAAAAGUAAUAUGGGCUGCAUAGUCGGGCCACUUUCCCCCCAGAUUACUAUUGAUCCGGCUCAGUCUCAAUCAGCUGUUCUUAACAUCCCUUACCUGCUGCCCUGUGUCUGUGUGCAGGUAUAUUACACCCAUAGAGAUGCCCGUCGACAUAUAAAGUGUCCAUUUCAAAAUCAAAGCCUCACAGAUUUCAGAGACAUUUGGCUCUCCUCUAAAAUCAUACUGCAUGAGUCAAGUUUCAAGUGGAUAUCAAAGUGCCCUGCCAGCAACCACAUGAUCGCUGCCUCCCUCUGCUGGAAGCAACACGAACACCUCUGCAUACCUGUACUCAACUCCACACUGGAGAAGGAAGGUGGACCAGAAGUGAUAUAUAACGCAUAUGCAGUGGACAAACACCCUCAGAUGUGUGUGCAGUUUUCUCUACAAGGCAGUCAUAACAUUUCUUGCCCCUUCCAGGCUGAUAUGUCUUCAUGGGAGGUGCAUAUUGGACCAGGCAGACAGAGCGUGCUUUUGUAUCUCACCUCUUCUGCUCCAGCAAAGUUCUCAGCUCAACUCUGUGUCCUUCAUGAAACAGGAUGUACACCCAUGGAGCAGGUCCAUUCAGUGACAAUGGAUGGGAAUACUACUGAGGCGAGGAUAAAUGUGCCUCUUCUCUUUCUUGCAGAGAAGCCCUGUGUGCAGGUGUGGCAGUCAGAUCCUUCUCUUCGUGGUAGAAGAAUUUUGUGCCCAGACUACACGCACAACCGAUGUGGCAUAUAUGCUGUGGCAGCUUUGAUCUUUGUGGUUAUUGCUACGUUACUUGGAAUUUUCAUCCACCGUCUUACUAAGAGUGGAGCGGCAGGUUGGCUCUAUAUCCAGAAGCCAGUGUUGCUGGUAUGCUCAUCAGAACAGUCCCCCCAUGUCUCUGCUGUGUGUGCUUUAGCCUCAAUCCUGCAGGGGGAGUUAAGUGCCACAGUGCACAUGGCUUUGUGCGCCCUAAGCUGGCAAUCCCAGGCCGGGACCGGGACUGGAGUGGCAGAUCUGGGUCCAAUUCCCUGGCUGUAUGGGCGAUGGGAAGCUGUACGCAAGGCACAAGGAAAAGUACUGAUUAUUUGGAGUCCUGAAGCCAGGAAGACCUAUGAGAAAUGGAGGGAGGAGAGGGAACACAUGGAUAAGAAUGAGAGAAAGGAGGAACAUUUCAGCAAAGCCAAUGUGAAAUAUGACAAAAUAAGUGUUGUGGAAGAGGAUUCUAAACCAAAUGGAAGAAAACUGGGAAGAUCCAACAAAGAAAAAGCUGCAGGAAAAAAAGAUUGUGUGAAAUUAUGUGACGAUAAAGACUGGUACCUCCAGAGGGAGCCCUCUGCAGUGAUAGCACCAGUGUUCACAGCUGCUCUGACCUGCCUAACUGGGGCGCUACAGGAGAGUAAAGAUCAAGGAGUAGCCCUUGUGUACUUCCAGGGCCUUUGCCACAGCAGGGACAUCCCAAAGGCCUUGAGAGGUGUCCCUCGGUAUUGCUUACCACAGGAUUUCAGGGGUUUAAUACAGGAGCUGGGAGGGAUGACAAGACAUACACAAACUGGCAAAUUCAGCUGGCACUGCUGGCCCAGACUCCUGUCUAAAGUGAUGUCCAUAUGGCUUGCUCAGCAGCUAGCCCAAAGACUACAAACACUGCUGCCUCAGACACAAGGAAUGACAACGCAAGGGCAGUGUGUCACAUCGUCACUGAAAAUGAUGUCAGAUAAGACACAGAGCAGACUCAAGUUUCCACUGGCAGCCAAUUCGGCAAGACCAGGAACUGUACAAGAGCACGAGCCUCUCCAGGGGUCACCAUGGAGAGCAGAGGAGUUUCAGUGUCAGGUUUCACAUGUCUGUUGGGGACAGACAGACUUUUGUUCUGCUUGAAACCCAAUACCUAUAUGAGACACAGGAGCUGGUGUUAUACCUCAUAGGAAAUAUUCAUUACUUGGUGCCAUCAUGUCAAAAAUACCAAUAUUUGUUUUGCAUAUGAAGAAGACAAUACUCCGUCCAGUCUGCAUUGAGCCUGUAACAGAGGCUCUUUAUGUUGCUUUCAUGACUGAGGCCAUAGUGAACACCUGCCUUAUCUCUGUAUAUAACGAUAACCAUUAUGAAAAUACGGUUGCAAAUUAUUCCUCACUUUCUUCAUGAGUGCAUUUAAUGUUUGAAAGUGUUGUGUGCACAGGUGACCAACUGUUUGACUGUUGUUUACAGGUAGUUGCAAAUUUGCAUAGGAUUUUCUAAACAGAGAUGUUGUGCCAAAGCUGCCACAGGAUUUCCAGGCGAAAAGAGGAAAUUACAUAUUAAAUGACUAAAAUGUG